UGGGAUUUAAGAUUAGCCCGGAAGUACAGUAGUGCACCAGGACAAGAGAUGGAGAAGAAAGUAAACAGCGUCGCAUAAAAAAGUUGAAAAGCAGGAUGGACGAGACAAUGGCUACGUUCACACAGGCAGUCAAAUCGGAUCUUUUUCCCACAAAUUUGUAUUUUGACCAAUCACAUCCGAAGCACCAUGGCAACGUGCUAUAUUUUACAAUUGAAGGCUGCAGCAGAAGCGAACUCCAGCAAAUAAACACAACAUUGUUUCACCUUCUUUAACAAAAGACUCAGAAACAGGAAAUAGGCUACAGCUUGCUUCACAGUUUCUCCACUAACGAUGUACUGUAUCUCGACAACGUUGAGUGCACGUGGGUAUGUACCCAGCGUAGUACAGUACCAAAGUUUUGGUCGAUAAGACCAAUUAGUGACAAAAAUAUCAGAAUUGGGCUGCCGGUGUGAUCACAGCAUAUGUGGAUUGCCCCAUAACAGAGACCUGAAUGGUGGAGAGCAGAGCACUUUAGCCUGUCUCUAGGAACUUUGGUGUCGCUUGAACGGGAGAGACUCAACCCCAGGAUCAGCACAGACAAACCAUACCAGCCAAACAGUCAGGUCAGCCCCCUGCAACAGGCAUACCAGCCUGGAAGAAGGAAUUUGAUGAGUGUGGGAGCAGUGGGGGGUGCUGGGAGUUGUGGCAAUGGCAGUGAAGGCUGCUGCUCAGCUAUGACAUCAUCCUCCGUUCUCCCGGGGAGAUAGUGAGAUCAUGGCUGUCAUGAGAAACCUGUAUUUCAACCCAUCAAGUGCCUGAGGGAGCAGAGGUCAAAUGGCAAAGUGGCUCAAAGACUAUUUGAGUUUUGGGAGCAGGAGGAUGCCUCCUCAGCCACCCAAACCAGACUACACAGAGAGUGAGAUACUGAAAGCCUAUCGGGCUCAGAAGAAACUAGACUUUGAGGACCCAUAUGAGGACUCUGAGAACCGGGUCAGAAACGAGUCUGGGUCCUCAGACUCCUCCUACCCUGCCUUUGGUUCUCCUCUGAAGUCCGCCAGCCUGGAUAUGAAGGUUGUAUCUCCCAAACACCGCCUCAUCAAGAUGGACUCUCAGGACCUGGGGAGAACUAAGAUCUUACUGAGUGCCGUCUCCCUAGAAGAUCAAGAGCCUGUGGUUCCGUCAGCCCCAGCAGUAAGAGAUGCAGAUUACUCUGAUCCGUUUGAUGCUCACCCAAACCCCCGGCCAGAGCCUGAUCUGGGACCUGUGUACUGCGAGAACAACGGCUACAUGGAGCCUUACGAGGUCCAACGCGUCAUCACAGAGUUGCAGCACGGUCCCGGAGUGGGUCGGACACGAGGCGAGGUGCAGCUCUACGACACCCCCUAUGAGAAUGAGCGGGGGCGGGGGCGGCCGCUAGGGGUGGGGCUGGGGUACGGCGACCCCCUGGAGGAAGGCAGGGAGAGCCGGUUGCCGCAGGAUGACGAGCGGCCAGCAGACGAGUACGACCAGCCCUGGGAGUGGAAAAAAGAGAACAUCUCUAAAGCCUUCGCAGUGCAGUUUGAUGGUGCUGAGUGGGACCGGUCCUCGUCCCCAACGGAGCGCCUGCGUCCACCCAGGUCCAGCCCCCUGGCAGGAGGGAGCAUGAAGUUCCGGAUGCCCUGCUCUGACCCUCACAACAUGAUGGGGGAGAGAGUAGACCCCAACCUGCCCCUGGAGAAACAAGUGUGGUACCACGGGGCACUGUCGCGGUCAGAGGCAGAGUCUCUGUUGACCCUGUGUAAGGAGUGUAGCUACCUGGUGAGGAACAGCCAGACCAGCCUCAACGACUACUCUCUCUCACUACGGUGCUGCCAAGGCUUCAUGCACAUAAAGUUCAGCCAGUGUAAGGAUGGGAAGUACGUCCUGGGGCAGAACAGCCUGCCAUUCAACACCAUCCCAGAGGUCAUCCACUUCUACACCACACACAAGCUACCAAUCAGAGGAGCCGAACACCUGUCUCUGCUCUUCCCUGUGCUCGUACAGACCCUCUGAUUUGCUGGGACAAUGGUCCUGGAAUCCUGGGUCACAUUGUGAUUGGACAUUGACUUUAGAUUGUGUAAAUUCCUUUAAUAUUCAAGUCAAUCAGGCCAUCUGUGCUCUCGUUGGACUAGACUAUUUUGUUGAGGAUUCAGCAUCCGCUGGCUUGUCAGUACCUUCGCAGACCUUCUCGUUUCUGUUGUGCCAAAUCUCUCUGAUCUGGGAACAGAUUCAUAUGAAACGCAAUACCUGGACUGUACCAACGCCUUCUCUCUGUAGCCUACUUGGGAUGCUAUCUGGACUGACUGUUGCAGAAUGAGCCUCUCACUGAGCUAGUGCUGCUGCCUGUACUGCUCCACUGGUUGACAGUCUGAGGGGAGACGUGGUUCUACUCACACAAACCUUUGUUGAUUUGAUUCUCUCUGUAUUGUUAAGUAAACCUAUUUGUCAAUGCUUUAUGUUGACGAACUGGUGUCACCCGCAUCACUUACUGUAUGGCUGUUGUAGCAGCAGCUGUGUCUGAUUGUACUACUGUUGCCGUGUGGUUGUCAUAUGAUCUGUUUGUCUGGACACUGUCACUGACUGGUUGCAGUGCUCUGUAGUUGACCAGAACAAUUUUUAAUGGCGAGACAAAGGUUUAAACCGCCAUAUAAAUGGCCAUAUCAGUGGUAAUGGGUGUUAUGGUUUAAUGAUUAUUCUUAUUACCUGGGUCGUCAUAAUCAAUGGCAUUGUUGUCGUCUCUGAUUGUAAUUAUGGAUAAGACGCGUUCUCAUUUACCUGCUGUGUUCAACCGUUUCACGUGGUAAAACAAUAAACAGUUUCUUAAAGA